GACUUCGCUCUCGGAAUGGCUCCUGGCCGGAAUGUUUAUGACCAGAUCUUGUGCAUUCCAUUUUCGACUUUUACUCGUGUAAAGUGAUAGCGUGUAAACCGUUCAGGGACUCGCAAAAAAAUACAGAUUUACAGUCAAAUGUGUUCAAUUGUGUGCUGCAAUUCUCAAUAAGUGAGUUUUAAAACCUUCAAAUCAAUACUGUUUUUUCGAGAAUUCUUUUUCGUUUAAACAAGUGUGGUGGUCAACAUAUACUUUCUACGCAGACUUCAGGAGAGGUUCUACAUGCGUUACCCUAGUACAACAUCGUAGGAUGUCUUCAGAAAAUGCCAUGAAAAGCAUAAGACUGCUGCAUAUGACUGGGAAUAAAAUUAAUCAUGAACAUCACAUGAUGCAUCUCGGAGUAACAUCAAUUGACUGGAAGAAGGCUGGUUUGGAAAAAGCUGCUGAGAAGUGUAAAAUUGAAGCACAUCUUACUGAUGGAGUAGAGAGCUGGCCCAAUCACGAAAUGAUGUGUCGGAUCCACUGCGCAAUGGAAGCUACGGGAUCGAUAUCUGGAAACAAAAUCAAUCAUGAAGCAACCAUGAAGAAACUCAGAAUACUACCAGUUGAUUGGACGAACGAAGCGGAUUUCAUAAAAGAUGCUGAGAAGUGUAAAAAUUUACCUCUAUACAAUGGUCUGACUGAAGUCUGAGUGAACAAUUCAACCACAAUCCGGAGAAAGAAAACAAAAUAAUGUCAUUUUGUGUAUAUUUCUAGUGACAUUUUGAAAAUAAAUUAAAGAGUUUAUUUCUAUAUUUUUAUAUAUCACACAGUGAGGGAAUGAGUAUUUUCAAUGCAAACAAAACUUGAGAACUAAAAACAGACUAAUCAACAAGAGUUCUAAAGAAACUUUUCAUUACAAUUUGAUUACAUGCUGUUCACAAAAUGUUUUUGUUCAUAAACCUGUUUGUGUAAGUAUUGUUCUUCAUGAUUUUUUUCUGUUUAUACCAUGCGUUAUUCAGAAUGUUCAUUCUUACAUCAGUAAAACAUUCUGCAGGGAAUUUCGUCAUUCUGUUUUAAUAAGUAUUGUGACAUAUUUAUGACUUUCUUAAUAUGAGAGAUUUUCUUAGAUUUUUUGUCUAAAAACCAACUGAGGCGGCCGUAUUGAGUCACGAAAAGUAUUUUAGUGUAUUUGAAUGUAAUAAAAUAUGUGUUCCAAAUGAAUGAAA